AUGACCUUUAGUUCAGAAGCAUUGUUACAAUCAAUUGGUGAUGGCAAGUGGCUUGAUCGAAUCAAUCCUCCGUACAAACACCAAACCUUGCAUGGCGAGCUUCUUACCAGCACAAAGGUAUCCAAUCCAACCGCCAAGAAAUCUUUUGGCUUUGGUGUUACGGCCACUAAGAACCAACGACUUCCUUCGAAGCGAUUUUAUCUCGACAACGCAACCUUUGCGGCCAAUACCAUCAAGGUAAUGAAAGAAUGGAAUGAUCCCAAUCUAUCCUCUCUGGACCGUUUGUUAAUAUUGCAAAAACAAACGGUCACUGCUGCGCUGAUUGUGGCAGGAGACGAAUCUGACCCCUACAUAACCAUUGUCACCAAUCCUUCCAUUACCAAGAUUGAAAUUGACGACGAAAACUUGGGAGCUCCUUUUUGGUCGGAUAUUUUGCAGGAAGAACUAGCAUACAAGAUUGGCGUUCCGUACAAUCGUCCUUCGCAUUUGGCCGCCGCGGGCACCGGUUGGUCAACGAGGACAGAUACCGUCACUUCCCGAGAGGAUCUAAUUGAUAAGAUACAACCUAUUCUCCUGCACCCAGCCAAACGUUUUGGUUCGCAACAAGGGGCAAUUCAUCAUGUAUUGCUCUUUCCAGCAUUGGUUUGCCCACCAGUUGGCUUUUUUUGGUCAACCAAGACCACAUUCUCCGAAUUCGUGGCAAGUAUCAAGGCUUUGAACGGAACGGCAUAUCGAUCGUUCCUGACGGUUUUGGAAGUAUGCCGAGCUUUGAUUGAGCCAUGGUUCGACACAGUUAAUGCUGCUCCCAAGGAUUUCUGUUUCCGAAUGCAAUCUGCCCAGCCUUUGAUGAACGCGAUGCCGUCGAAAGACAAUCCUAUCCCAGAUGGUAUCGAAGAUGAGAGUCUACUUGAUCCAAUCUUGGAGUUGCUGGAUCAAUUGUUGUGGUCUUACUACGAGGACCGUGUGCUGACUGAUUGCGAAAGCAAGGAAUCGAGUACCAAUUCAGCAUCGCAGUUGCACUAUCUUCUUCGAUACGGUAUAAAAUGCUUUCCAGAGUCAUUGACGUCGGUAUAUGGAUACCGGGUUCCAUUCUUGACCUACUUUGUUCGUCCUUCAAAGGGCUGGCUGAUGGGAGUGGAUCACGGAGCUCUCUUUUCAGACGAACGCCACCAAGCGCAAUGGAUUCAAAGCUAUCAGUCUGUCAAAGUACCAGUCGUUGAUAAUGGGUCUUUCGAACCAGUCAUAAUUCAAACCAAACUUGAUCUGGCAGUACGGAAGGAACGCGACGACGACGACGACGACAAGAUAACAGGCCCGACAGUUGCAGCAACAAAUGAUACACCAGCCGAAACUGCUCUCGUAAAUAAGCCAUCCAAGGUCAAGGAAAGCGGUGACAAAGCGAUGGUUCCUGCGAUCAUCAUCCGCAAUGUGUCCCCGAAUGAUGAUCUUACCAACCUAUCAAGAUGUAUCGUGAAUGGUAUUCGAAACCUGCAUGGCGAGGAAGCAGAAGUGGUAUCUUGCUAUUUCGUUGGCAAGAGGAAAGGUGCAGCAAAUGUAUUCUUGGAAUUCAAGGAGAUUCGUCACGCUAGGAUUGCCUUGCAUUUGGACGGAAUGCAGGUGUCUUCGCGCCUCAUCUCAGUGCAACUAAUGAAACCAGGCGAGGAGAGUACCGCAGCAGCAGGAACAGUAGCUGGCAUUCCAGAGGAAAAGGCAGUGCCGGACAAGCCAAAACGAUUGAACUCCCACAAUGAUGUAUACAGGAGGGAACUUUGUACACGGCAUGCGAGCGGGCAUUGUUGGUUUGGCGAUAAAUGCGACUUUGCGCAUGGGGUUCUCGAACUUCGGCUGCACUACCAAACCAAGCUGCAUCCGGAGCGUUGUUUGUACAUUCGCAACAUUGUGCGCAACUAUCCAACAGACAACUUGAUGCAUUAUAUCCGUAAGAAAUAUGAACAAAGUAUGCACUCGUCACCAACGUUUACGGCGAUUCAUGUUCGUGGGACAAUGGGAGAUGCCUUGGUGGAAUUCCAAGACAGUGCCCAAGCAUCAGUUGCUCGUCAGAUCUUGGAUGGAAUCUCGUUGGUAAAUCUCCCACUAGAAGUUUAUCCCUGGAAGCCAGCGUAUCAGUAUGCUUUUGUUGUCUACUUCAAGGAAGAUAGAUACAUUCCGAUCGAUGUUGGGAUACCAAUUGAUGUUAUUGGGAGAUCCCAAGCCCCCAAAAGUGCCACAUCAGAAGGAACUGCUGUUGCAAGCCUCAAAAUUGAAGCUCAAGAGAACGACCGAAAAGAGGAAAAGCUCAAGCAACUUUUGGUGCGCGCAAAACAAGAGAUCAAAGAUUUGCGAGAAGGAAAACGGCAGCAGGAUGAGGUCGUUCAGUUGCUUGGUACAUCGCUUCAUUCCAUGACGCUUAGCCUCUCAACUGCCCUGUCUGAAAUUGAUUCGGUGAUGCAGCAAAUGGUCGACUUACAGCAACAAGUCCAUACCAUCUUGCCUUCACAAACAAAUACAUCCGUGUCGAAUUCAUCCUCGCAACCUACCGACGCGAUAAAGACCGAGAUUGAGCGCCUCCAACAGCUUCUGGUGAGUAACAGCGUUUCGGACCAAGGGAGCCACUCGUCGUUGCUUUCUGGUCUUCCGUAG